AUGUCAUUCUCCCCUAUGAAUCACACUCCUGAAUUCGAAUCGUGUGCGUCAUUCGCUGGAAACUCAUUCAUUUCACGUCGAUUUCCAACGUUUUCAGGCUUCCUCCCAACUUGUAUUUCCGUUUCCUGCUGCCAAAAGAACCCGUAGACAGAAAAAAAGUCGACACAGAAAAGCAGCGUUUGUGGCCGGCGGCGAGCCCAAACACCAAGUCUGCACCAAACUCCUACCGUACCACCAGCGACCGUAGCCACUUUUCGCUUCAAGACCCCAGGUAUACUGUGUUUCAGUGUUUUUAUGAGGUGUAUUGAUUUGAUUUUUUCAUAAAUCAACUCGCGAAUUCGGUCAAUUUCCAGCCGCCCCAACGCCAUGUCGGACCCGUCGCUGUUCUCGCGCAACGGCCUUCGUCUGUUCGUCAUCUGCUCGUUGCUGACGGCGAUCACCAACUUCCCGUCCGGCUUCUCCCACACGUCCAUCAACACCGCCGUCCACAAGAUGAACGACUAUCUCAACUCCUCGUUCACCGAGAGAUUCAGGCCGUUGGACCAUGGCGAGGUGUGGAGAAAGGAAUUAAGAAGGAAAAAACUAAAAAAAUUAGUGGAACCUAUAGGGGUCACGCUAGCCGGUAAUUUUAUGAACUCUAAGCGAAGAAGCAAGAGUAAAAAUGAAUAAAUAGGCGUUUUUGAAGAGAGACCCCUAAAAGGUCCACUUGGGGUUUAGGACCUAAGGGUUCAGACCCUAGACCAUCUUUAAAAAACGGCUUGAAUUUUUUUUCGGCCAAAAAUGUACACCUCCUACACAUAACUUUUUCUGAAGAUUCUCUCAAUCUAACAUUUUUAGGUAUCCCUCCUGAAGUCGGGAAUCAACUCGGCUUGGUAUCUGGCCCAAGUGGCCGGCGCCAUGUCAAGUCCCUACCUCUGUGAUACCUACGGGCGAAAAGGUUCGAAAAAAAGGGAAAAAUUUAAUUGAAAGUAUUUUUCAGUGGCUUUCGCGAUCUCGAUUUUCAUGAUGACGGUGGCUGGCGGCAUGCAAAUGCUUGCUAGUUAUACUCCUUAUCAUGAAGUUGGUUUUGGAGGUUUUAGUUGUAGAUUAUUCAGGUUCUUUUUCAAGGUUUGGGGUUUGAGAGGGCUUCAAAAUUGGGCUUUGAAACAAUAUAAAAAAAAAUAAUAAAUCGAAAGUUUUUUUGUUCCUCACAGAUAAGUACGGAGAAAAGCAGAAAAAAGAGUUCGGAAGAUUUUCAGAAAAAUAAUAGCUUGUUUUAAAAAUUUUGAAAAAGGUACAGGGGAAUAUCAAAUUUAGUGUGAAAUAGCUCAAAACCAGUCCAAAAAAACCACGAUUUUCGAGAAAUUCUUGACUUUUUCAGGUCCUGAUCGCCGGUCGUCUAAUCGCCGCCGUCUUCUCCCCGCUCAGCGACGCCGCCUUGAUUUUGUACCUUCAGGUUUGAAAUAAUAACAUCAUGAAAAAAAUCCAGUGAAUCAUCACCAUGAAAAAAAAUUUUAAAGCUUGUUUUUUUUUAGGAAAUCUCGCCGGCGUCGUUGCGCGGAACCAUGUCUUCCCUAUUUUCAACCGGUUAUUCUACCAUGUGCCUCCUUGGCAUGAUUUUGGGCCAUGAGUGCCUUUUGGGUACCUGAAAAGUCUUAAGAAAAAGAAAUGAAGGAACUUUUUGAGGCCAUUCGUUGACGUUGCUCCUGUUCGUACCGGUGAUCCCGGGGGUUUUGUCGACCUUGUUCAUCUGCUGGAUCCCUGAAACGCCCAAGUUCCUGCUCUUUGCUAAGUUGGUAGAGCCACAAGGAAAUUUGGCCAUGGAGAAACGUGGAAAAAAUUAAAUAUAGACUUUUUUUUUGGAAUAAAAUCAAAAAAUCGUUGAAGUUUCUCAUUUUCUUUUUGUAAUUUUCUUGAAAUUUUGUGAAAAAAGAUUUUUUGUGAUUUUUUGGACUUUUCUUUUUGUACUCUAAAUCAGGAAGAAACUAUCAAAAUUUUGAAAAAAAAAAUUAUUUUUAAGGUUUAGAUAUUGAGCUUCACAUUGGGCUUAUUGGAAAAACGUUUGAAUUUUGAUUAUUAUCUGAAUUUUCUCCAGAGUUUUUUUCAGAAACUUAUGGUUUUCUGUGUACCAGGGAAGCUUCUAAAAAGUACUAUUUUAAAUAAAAAAAUAAGCUAAAAUUCUUAUUUUCUGAAACUUUCUUCGGAGCUUCACCUUCUACAUAAAAAACUCAUCAGAAAGUUUCCUGAAAGAUUUGAACUCCAACUUUUCGGAAUUUUCAUCUGAAAAUCUUCAGGAACGACAAGCAAGCCGCCCUGGACUCGUUGAGGUUCUACCAAGGCCAUUUGCCAGACCAAGCGCUUCUCCUCGACACGAUGGCUCAACGCGGCAAGGACGACAAGCAGGAAGAUCCCACCGAGAGCGGAAUCGUCGUACGUCUUCAGAAUCCCAGAAGAAAAAUUCUGAAAUUGUUCAGCACCUCUUCCGGACGCCUCACCUCCGUCGCGCCUUCUUGCUCUCCGUGUCGGCGUUGAUCCUCACCUUGCCUUUCUAUCCGAUCCUCCAGAGCAGCACCUUCUUCUUCACGGAUAUGGGCGUCAGCAUGUAGGGAUUUGGGAAAUAUUCAGGGAAAAUGAAAUAAUAAUUCAUCCGCCAUGAUCUUGGUACAAGGCUGUAUAUAAAAUUGCAUGCAUUCCAAGAAAAUAUACACUGUGCACAGCAGUUCAGACCUACAGGGACCCGUCCGGUUUGCACUGCGCCGUCUCCGAUGGCCAUGAUAGACCAUUUUUUCUGUUAAUUAAAACGAACAAGGCUAUUUCCAACAAUUAUAGAUAUUAAAAAAAAAGCAGAAAAAACAAUUUUACUUAAUAAAUAUGCAUUACCCAAAUUAGGCCAUUUUUUAAGGCUUGCUAGCGUUUGGAAAAACUUGAUUGUAUCAUUGAAUGGUCUACUUGCGUUUUUCUUCUAAUCUGUUCAUUUUUUCGUACAAAAAACUCGUUAUUAACGAAGAUAUCGUUCAAAAACCGCGAUUGGUGUAUGCACAAUUGAAGCAUACAGUGUGCCAAAUCGGACGGGUUGAACAGAUGUGUGUGGCGAGUUAAAUUGGAUAUUACUAAUGGAAUAAUGCCUAUUUUUGUACCUUGAAGCUCAAUUUCUAAGUUUUACUUAUUAAAAAACUGAAGGGUAUGGUACUGUCUGCGCUCUCCAUUAAUCAGAAGUUCUCUCAUUUAUUAUCGUGUCAGGACCCAUCUUUCAAUGGCUCUCCAUUAUACGAAAAAAUGUCUUUCUUUUUGUUUUCUAUUCACGUUUUACCUUGCAUAGGCAAAGUUGGAAAGGGGGAAAAAAGGCUUCAUAGAAAUGUUCCUUUUAGGGAGACAAAAGCUCCUAUUUUGCUGCCUUUCUGCGCCAUUUCAUCGGCUUUUCUGCACCAUUUUUGCUGCCUCUUCCUUUUUCCUCCAUUUCUUGAGCCUUUAAAAUUCUAGAAAAAUGAAAGGCUUGAUAAAGGAACACUUUCUGCUACCUUUCUGCGACCUUUUCCGAGCCUCUCCCUUUUAGCAGCUAUUAUUCACCAUUCCGGCUUAGGUUGUCUGUAUGAAAAGCUCAAUUUUGUAACGGAAAAUCAACUUUUCUGCUCUUGAGAACAUUGCUGUUUCUGAUCAUCUCCAUGUUCCAGUGAAACCUCGCAAAUCGCUUCAAGCCUGCUAAUGGUUGCCCUGACUUGCUCGUCAAUCUGCUCCACUUUGGUCAUUGAUCGAUUCAAUCGGAGGUUUUCAAAAGCGAAAAAAUAUCCUGGAAGAUUGAUUUUUUUCAGAACGAUGUUGCUUCUGUGUGGAUCCGCCUCGGUGAUCUUCCUCUGCCUUUUCGGAUUGGCCGAACAACUUCAGUAUCAAAUCACGGCCAUUGGAGCUUGUUUCGGUUUUAUUGUUGCUUAUGGGUGAGUUUGAAGUGUUUGAAGGUGUCGGGAAAUCUGAAAAAAUGCUUUGAAAAUUCAGAACCGGCGUCGGCCCAGUCGUUUGGAGCAUUCCUCCAGAACUUUCGCCCCUGGAAUACCGGUCCCUGAUGUUCUGCCUGUGCUAUUCGGUUCACAGCAUCCUUGUCGUUGUUACCAACUUUUCGACUAUUCCUCUUUUCAUGGUUAAAAAAUUGCAAGAACAAAAAUAGACUUAUAAUUUUUUGCAGUCUAUCGGCGCCUUCUCAUUCGUCCUUCUCUUCGCCAUCCCCUCGUCGUUCGCGUUGAUCUACCUCUUCCUGCGACUUCCUGAAACCAAAGGACGCGAAAUUUAUCACAUCAUUGCCGAUUUGAAGUCUUCUGGAAGAGUUGCCGAGAAGACCCUUGAAAUUCCCGCUUAG